GCCGCCGCCCGGAUGGCGAGCCUCGCCGCGCUCGCCCUCUGCCUGCUCCUGCGGCUGCAGCUGCCGCCGCUGCCCGGCGCCCGGGCUCAGAGCGCCGCAGGUGGCUGUUCCUUUGACGAGCACUAUAGCAACUGUGGCUAUAGCGUGGCCCUCGGGACCAAUGGGUUUACCUGGGAGCAGAUUAACACGUGGGAGAAACCAAUGCUGGACCCAGCAGUGCCCACAGGAUCCUUCAUGAUGGUGAACAGCUCUGGGAGGGCCUCUGGCCAGAAAGCCCACCUUCUCCUGCCAACCCUGAAGGAGAAUGACACCCACUGUAUCGAUUUCCAUUACUACUUCUCCAGCCGUGACAGGUCCAGCCCAGGAGCCUUGAAUGUCUAUGUAAAGGUGAACGGCGGGCCCCAGGGGAACCCUGUCUGGAACGUGUCUGGGGUCGUCACCGAGGGCUGGGUGAAGGCAGAGCUUGCCAUCAGCACCUUCUGGCCACAUUUCUACCAGGUGAUAUUUGAAUCCGUCUCUUUGAAGGGUCAUCCUGGCUACAUCGCUGUGGACGAGGUCCGGGUCCUUGCUCAUCCAUGCAGAAAAGCACCUCACUUUCUGCGGCUGCAAAACGUCGAGGUGAACGUGGGGCAGAAUGCCACAUUUCAGUGCAUAGCUGGUGGGAAGUGGUCCCAGCAUGACAAACUUUGGCUCCAGCAAUGGAACGGCCGGGACACGGCCCUUAUGGUCACCCGUGUGGUCAACCACAGACGCUUCUCAGCCACGGUCAGUGUGGCUGACACGGCCCAGCGGAGCGUGAGCAAGUACCGCUGUGUGAUCCGUUCUGAUGGCGGCUCCGGUGUGUCCAACUAUGCUGAGCUUAUUGUGAAAGAGCCUCCCACACCCAUUGCCCCCCCAGAGCUGCUGGCCGUAGGGGCCACCUACCUGUGGAUCAAGCCAAAUGCCAACUCAAUCAUCGGGGAUGGCCCCAUCAUCCUGAAGGAGGUGGAAUAUCGCACCACUACAGGCACCUGGGCUGAAACCCACAUAGUUGACUCUCCCAACUAUAAGCUGUGGCAUCUGGACCCUGAUGUGGAGUAUGAGAUCCGGGUGCUGCUCACACGACCAGGGGAGGGAGGCACGGGACCACCAGGGCCUCCCCUCACCACCAGAACCAAGUGUGCAGACCCUGUGCACGGCCCGCAGAAUGUGGAGAUCGUGGACAUCCGCGCCCGGCAGCUGACCCUGCAGUGGGAGCCCUUUGGCUAUGCCGUGACCCGCUGCCACAGCUACAACCUGACAGUGCAGUACCAGUACGUGUUCAACCAGCAGCAGUAUGAGGCUGAAGAGGUCAUCCAGACCUCUUCCCACUAUACCCUGCGUGGCCUGCGCCCCUUCAUGACCAUCCGGCUGCGGCUGCUGCUGUCCAACCCUGAGGGCCGGAUGGAGAGUGAGGAGCUGGUGGUGCAAACAGAGGAGGACGUUCCAGGAGCUGUGCCCCUAGAAUCCAUCCAAGGAGGGCCCUUUGAGGAGAAGAUCUACAUCCAGUGGAAACCUCCCAAUGAGACUAAUGGGGUCAUCACACUCUAUGAGAUCAACUAUAAGGCUGUUGGCUCACUGGACCCGAGUGCCGACCUCUCCAGCCAGCGGGGGAAAGUGUUCAAGCUCCGGAAUGAAACCCACCACCUCUUUGUGGGUCUGUACCCGGGAACGACCUACUCAUUCACCAUCAAGGCCAGCACAGCAAAGGGCUUCGGGCCCCCCGUCACCACUAGGAUCGCCACCAAGAUUUCAGCUCCAUCGAUGCCAGAAUAUGACACAGACACCCCCCUGAAUGAAACGGACACGACCAUCACGGUGAUGCUGAAACCUGCUCAGUCACGAGGAGCCCCAUUAAGUGUUUAUCAGCUGGUUGUCAAGGAGGAACGACUUCAGAAGUCACGAAGGGCAGCUGACAUCAUUGAGUGCUUUUCGGUGCCUGUGAGCUAUAGAAAUGCCUCCAGCCUUGAUUCUCUACACUACUUUGCUGCUGAAUUGAAGCCUGCCAACCUGCCUGUCACCCAGCCAUUUACAGUGGGUGACAAUAAGACGUACAAUGGAUACUGGAACCCUCCUCUUUCCCCUCUGAAAAGCUACAGCAUCUACUUCCAGGCACUCAGCAAAGCAAAUGGAGAGACCAAAAUCAACUGCGUUCGCCUGGCUACAAAAGCACCAAUGGGCAGCGCCCAGGUGACCCCGGGGACUCCACUCUGCCUCCUCACCACAGGUGCCUCCACCCAGAAUUCUAACACCGUGGAGCCAGAGAAGCAAGUGGACAACACCGUGAAGAUGGCUGGUGUGAUCGCUGGCCUCCUCAUGUUCAUCAUCAUUCUCCUGGGUGUCAUGCUCACCAUCAAAAGGAGAAGAAAUGCUUAUUCCUACUCCUAUUACUUGAAGCUGGCCAAGAAGCAGAAGGAGACGCAGAGUGGAGCCCAGAGGGAGAUGGGGCCUGUGGCCUCAGCCGACAAACCCACUACCAAGCUCAGCACCAGCCGCAAUGAUGAAGGCUUCUCCUCUAGCUCUCAGGACGUUAAUGGAUUCACAGAUGGCAGCCGUGGGGAGCUGUCCCAGCCCACACUCACCAUCCAGACUCACCCCUACCGAGCUUGUGACCCUGUGGAGAUGAGUUAUCCCCGGGACCAGUUCCAGCCCGCCAUCCGAGUGGCUGACCUGCUGCAGCACAUCACCCAGAUGAAGAGAGGCCAGGGCUACGGGUUCAAAGAGGAAUAUGAGGCCUUACCAGAAGGGCAGACAGCUUCGUGGGACACAGCCAAAGAGGACGAAAACCGCAAUAAGAAUCGAUAUGGAAAUAUCAUUUCCUAUGACCAUUCCCGGGUGAGGCUGCUGGUGCUGGAUGGAGACCCGCAUUCUGACUACAUCAACGCCAACUACAUUGAUGGAUACCAUCGACCUCGGCACUACAUUGCAACUCAGGGUCCAAUGCAAGAGACUGUCAAGGACUUUUGGAGAAUGAUCUGGCAGGAGAACUCAGCCAGCAUCGUCAUGGUCACAAACCUCGUGGAAGUGGGCAGGGUGAAGUGUGUACGGUACUGGCCGGAUGACACAGAGGUCUAUGGAGACAUCAAAGUCAGCCUGAUUGAGACAGAGCCCCUAGCAGAAUAUGUCAUACGCACCUUCACAGUCCAGAAGAAAGGCUACCACGAGAUCCGGGAGCUCCGCCUCUUCCACUUCACCAGCUGGCCCGACCACGGUGUCCCCUGCUACGCCACCGGCCUCCUGGGCUUCGUGCGCCAGGUCAAGUUUCUCAACCCCCCUGAGGCUGGGCCCAUAGUGGUCCACUGCAGUGCUGGAGCGGGGAGGACCGGCUGCUUCAUCGCCAUCGACACCAUGCUCGACAUGGCCGAGAACGAAGGGGUGGUGGACAUCUUCAACUGUGUGCGCGAGCUCCGGGCCCAGAGGGUCAACCUGGUGCAGACGGAGGAGCAGUACGUGUUUGUGCACGAUGCCAUCCUGGAAGCGUGCCUCUGCGGCAACACUGCCAUCCCCGUGUGCGAGUUCCGCUCUCUCUACUACAACAUCAGCAGGCUGGACCCCCAGACCAACUCCAGUCAAAUCAAAGACGAGUUUCAGACCCUCAACAUCGUGACGCCCCGCGUCCGGCCUGAGGACUGCAGCAUCGGGCUCCUGCCCCGGAAUCAUGAUAAGAACCGGAGCAUGGAUGUCCUGCCUCUGGACCGCUGCCUGCCCUUCCUUAUCUCAGUGGAUGGGGAACCCAGCAACUAUGUCAAUGCCGCACUGAUGGACAGCCACAAGCAGCCUGCCGCCUUCGUGGUCACCCAGCACCCUCUACCCAACACCGUGGCAGACUUCUGGAGGCUGGUGUUCGACUAUAACUGCUCUUCCGUGGUGAUGCUGAAUGAGAUGGACACUGCCCAGCUCUGUAUGCAGUACUGGCCCGAGAAGACCUCCGGGUGCUACGGGCCCAUCCAAGUGGAGUUCGUGUCUGCGGACAUUGAUGAGGACAUCAUCCACAGAAUAUUCCGCAUCUGCAAUAUGGCUCGGCCUCAGGAUGGAUAUCGUAUAGUCCAGCACCUCCAGUACAUCGGCUGGCCCGCCUACCGGGACACACCCCCCUCCAAGCGCUCUCUGCUCAAAGUGGUCCGGCGGCUGGAGAAAUGGCAGGAGCAGUAUGACGGGAGGGAGGGGCGCACGGUGGUCCACUGCCUAAAUGGGGGCGGCCGCAGUGGAACCUUCUGUGCCAUCUGCAGCGUGUGUGAGAUGAUCCAGCAGCAAAACAUCAUUGACGUGUUCCACAUCGUGAAAACACUGCGUAACAACAAAUCCAACAUGGUGGAGACCCUGGAACAGUAUAAAUUUGUAUACGAGGUGGCACUGGAAUAUUUAAGCUCCUUUUAGCCUGAUGGGAUGGGGAGCCUGCCGGAGCCCAGCGGCUGCUGCAGCUACGUGCCCCCCUCCCCUUUCUGUGAAUGGUGACUGGGCUCAGGGGCUUAAAGCUGGCACCCUGCCCAACUCCAAGGAGAAGCCUGGAGGGUCCCGUGUUCUGUGGUAGGCUCUGCACCUUCCAAGUGCUCUCCUGGAGCUGUGGGAGGUGCUGCUCUGAAAGGCCCAGGCCUCCCUUCCACACCCAACCAAGCGGCGGCCACAGGCCUGUGCAGAAGUGCUCCUGUGGCAAGGCCCUGGAUUUUUCGGUUCCCAGACCUCCUGCUUUUGCUCUUCUCAAGUUUGCGAAUCUCCUGGCAAGCCCCCUGUGUGAGUGUUGGGGAGUGACAGCCUCAGCAGCACCUCCCUGCCCUACUUGUCCUUGGGAGUGGAAGGGAUGUGUGCUCUCCCCUUCUGUGUCGUGGAAAUGAUUAGGGCUCUUGGAGGGAGGGGGGUCCCUGCUCUGCUAGCCCCCUGCAGUCUCCUUCAGGGUUCUCUGGCACUGGACACCUGUCGCUCUGGAUCAGCGUGACCGCGGGAUGCUCCUGAGACCACAGCAGAGGCCCCCACUCACACACCUAACCCGCAUGGGGCUUGGCCCGAUACCGUUCUGUACCCCUCCCCUAGCCUAGGCCUUGACCUGUCACUCACUGGCCAGCCCACUGUGUCCACAGCCUUUGAGAAAGGUUCUCUUUGCUUUUUGUAAUUGGUGGGAAGGGGGAGCAUGGAACUCUGCUGCUCUUCCUUGUCUUUGUGAAAAGGAACCAUCUCUCUGGGGCAGGGCUCUGGCCAACCCUCUGUCUCUUGGGGGGUGGAUAAGAUUUGAUUAUUUUCCAAAAUGUGUAUGAAAAGAAACUGUUUUGGAGGUGUAAAAUCUUAGUCUGUUAUGUCAAAAUAAAAGGGGGAGGGAAGUUUGAAUGUGUAAUAUAAGACAAAUCUCUCAGGCCUGUAAUCUUUCCUGGCAAUGUCCUUAAAAGAUCCCACCCUGCAACAGCACUGCCAUUGAGUAGGGAGACAGGCUAAUCUGAAAAUAGUCCCUUCAGUUUCCGGGGCUGAUAAAAUACCAGCUUUGUGCAUCAUCAUGGAUCUCCAAAUUUGAACCCCCUCCUAGAGAAACCCCUAGCUGCCAUCAUGAGAAAGGUCAAGGUGGACCUAGUUAUGCUUUGGUUUAAAAUAAGCCAAGGAUCUCUAGGGUCUUGUCCAAAGUGUGGGUGAGUCAGUGACAGGGAACCAGUAUUUGCUCAGCACCUACUGUAUGCCAGGCUUGGCACAUUCCAUAUGACAUCUCACGCAGUCCUAGAACCCCCAUGAGAGAACUACUAAUCUGUCAUCAUCUCUACAAUUGGGGAAACUGAGGCAUCUUCCUCAGUGAUGAAAUUCUGGGUUCUGACCAGGCAGACAUUGGUGAUAAGACUUGAUCACACCAUUUUCUUCAUCUUUCUCAGCAAAGCAGUUAUUUUAUGGAGGGUAAAAUAAGGCCAGAAACUUCUAAGCAGAGAACUCCACAAUGGAUAUCUAAUUCUUUCUUUCUGAUGUGAGUUCUUACGUGAAGCCCAGAAUUUCAGAUAUAUCUUCAGAACUCAUUCCCGGCUCCCCAGGAAAGCUAGUCCCAUCUAAUUUCUUAGCCCAUGAAAACAGGUGCAUGUUCCCUCAGGCUAUGAGAUCUUCCAGCCAGGGACACACUCUCUACCUUGGUCUCCAUUGGGUACUCAAGCACAGUUUCUGGCAAACUCAGGGUGGUCUGGGAUCUAGAAAGCUCCACUUGGAAGCUGUCUAGCCCCAGAAAGGGGAUGAGGAGUAGAGAAUUCAAUAAGCCACAGGUUUUUGCACCCAAGAGCUCACUGUAUACAGGAGAAAUUGAACCCCAGUGCAGAGGUGGUGAAGCAUAGGAGUAUUAUAUGAACCUGGGAGCAAGACUCUGCCUGCCUAGGGCUUCCUAGAGAAGAUGGCAUCCAUUCCAGCUUGGUCUCAACAGGUAGAAAAAGGGAAGAAAGGCAAUCAGUCCAAGGGAUCUGGAUAUGCCAUGACGAAGAGGUAUGAAAACCCCUUGGGAUGGGGGCGCAUCUGGGGAGCAGGGGAAGUCAGGUGGUAUGGUGGGAAGUGAACCCAGCUGGAGCAUAGCACUGUAGGAGGGGUGGCAGGGGAUGAGCUGGGGCACGGAGGAGAGAGCUCACUUAGAGUAUAGACUACCCCUGAGGGCAACAGGGAAGCCAGCAGAGCUACUGAGUGAUAUGCUCGGCUCCGUUAGAGAAGACUCCCUCUGGGGCCAGUAGGGCUGCCUCUUUUCCUUUCAUCAGACACUGUGAAAACAUUCCCUUCAGUGUGUGCGUUUUCAUAUCACAUCUGUCUGUCUGUCUGCUCGCUCAUUAUUUUGUUGCGAGAACAAAAUAUGCAGUGGAUCAUGAGACUCAGCUUCUGUGAGAAACUCAGGAUCUCUGCUCAACCAUGGAGCAGGGUGACGAAUUCAGGCCUCCAGACCCAUGAGGAUGGGAUAUGAAAGGAGCCCACAGAAGCUGUUCCCAUUGGCAUGGGCUCUGGAGCUGUCUGAAAGUCCAGGGACACCAGACUUGAUCACGGAAAGGCUGUCACUUUGGAGGUUCAAAAGGAAGCAUCUCAAAGUGAAGGAAAGCGGAGGAGCCCCCCAGUGAACUCUCUCUUCUCCUUUGAUGGGUCCCUUCCCUGGUGUACUUGAGCUGGCCCCCUGGCUCCCAGCCACUGCUCCAGCCAGUGCCCACACAGCCUCCCAGGAGCCUAUAGCCGAGCAAAUCAGCCUGGCAUAUGCUCUUUUCUCAGAUCAUGGCUCAUCCAUGCCGAAUGGGGGAGGGGAGCUAUCCACACAAAUCCUAAGAUUUAUUCUGCUCCAGAAGGGGUGACGGAGCUAGCAGAUAAAAAUGACACUGGCUUCUAUCGUUUCAAAUGGUAGGAAUUUAAAAUGUGACUUCAGGGAAAAGGGAAAUUAUAAAAACACAGGCCGUGGUGGGGUAACCAGCCCAACAAGGGCCCCCCAUCUUCUCAAAACCCAGCCGCUCUCUAAAGAGGGCAGGACAGUGAACAGGUCUUAGGCCAGUUAACAAGGGAUGAAACUAAGGCUUGUGAUGGGGAUAUCUCCCCCUAAGAUGGGGCACUGGUGUCCUGGAACUUGGACUUGAUCCAGUCCCUGGGAAAUAAGAGCAAACACCCUCAAACCUAUCUUCCCACCCCACUCCACUCAGAGGGUGGGCUACCUUUGAUGAUGCAGAGGAAAAUAGUAUCCAUGCUCUCUGAGCCUCUACAGCAAGGGCCGGCCUCUUCUCUCUGGGAUGCCAAAGAGAGUUGCCCCCCGCUUAGUACAGAGCCUCUGGGUCACCUAGUUACGGGCUCUGCAGAAGAUAUGAGGAACUAAUGAGAAGCCAGGAACUAUUACCAACCUGUGUCUAUUUGUGGCCUAGCUGGCUUUAGGAAGUAACUUAGCUCUGCCUCCACUGUGCCCUUUCACCCUUUCUGGGCCUCUAGAUGACCACAGCACCCUCCUUUCAUGGGAACGGAGGGAUCAGAUUGCUCUUAAUGCUUGCCCUCUUCUGUGUGUGUAUCCAGAGCAAUGGCCUACCCCAUGUCAGCCUUCACAUGGAACCAGGGGACCCUUUGUUGGGGACUGUAACCUGGGAGCUCACUGAAUUCUUCCAACAUCUCUAAGAAGUGUUUAUGAUUGUCACCAUUUUACAGAUGAGGAAACAGAGGCUCAGAGAGGAGAAAUCAGUUCCCCAGUUAGUGACUAGGCGAGCCAGCAAUUAAAUUUCUUCUGACUCCAAAAACAAUAUUUUUCCACCACGAUGUCUCAGAUUUUCUCAUGGAUCUACCCAUAACAUCAAAGACUAGAGUGGAACAGAUAACCCAGUGGAUCUUGUUGUGAAGCCCAAAGCACACAAGCCUAAAAUUGCAUUAGUCUCUUGAUUCACUUUAACAAUUCAUGCAAUACUUCCAUUCCACUCUAAUGUGCCUGAAUUUCUUUAAAGGACUAUUUUUUAAAUGAUGUGCCCUAGUCCUUCAAGUGGCUUUGGUCCCCUCAACCCACUAUGACAUAAUCUAGGGAAUCAUAUCGCAGUCUGAGAAUCACAGUGUCUGGCCAUACUGUUUCCUCAUGAGACCAGGUCCAGACUCAGGUUUAAGACCAGCUCAGCUUCCCCUAGAUAGAUGCUUUGGUGUGGGGGUACCAUGACCUCACCACUCAUGGGUUGAUCUCAACUCAAGUUUCUUUCAGCUGGAUGCUGGAAGGAACCCAUUGGCAUAUCCUAGGAUGAUGAGGAUAUGCUCAUCUGCCUUGGUGAAGGCUGAGCCCAUAUUACCCUAAAGGAAAAGGAGAAGAUGUAUACAGCCUUUCUGAACAGAUUCCUGAAUUCUGGGACUUCUAGACUUUGUCUGGGUGAAGUCACAUGGUUUCUAAUGUGGGCAAAUCUAAGGACAUGCUUCACAUGAGGGGCUAGGGUCUGGAAGGCUUCUCACUUUACUUUAAUCAUACAUACAUACAUACAUAAUGGGUUCCUGCAACAUGCCAGGGCCCUGGAAGGGGUGCUGCCAGGAAGCACAGAUUAUUAUGGCACAGUUCAUCCCUUGGUGAGGCAUGCAGUUGGUUGGAAGAGCUUAUAGUCUUCAGUUCAAAUCACAGCUUGGCCAUUCUUAGCUAUACAAUGUUGGGCCAACCAAUUAAUGGCAAAAGAUGUGAAAAAAGGAGCCUCGGCCACAUAGAAGGCACAGAUUUGGAGAACUUUGAGUAAGAAAACAGCAAGGCAAGGUCAAGAAGUUGGAACCCAAAAGAAAUAUUCAAGGAUGCACAUGGAAUAUAGGGCAAAGUGGUCACUUCUGUGGUCCCCAGGACAGGGGACAGGGAGGGCUGGCCAGGACCACUAGGAGCAAAGAUGCCACUUUAGACCAAGUUUCAAUGUCUUGGAGAAAAGAUGAUAAUUUUCCCUCUGUCUAAUCAAAUCCUAUUUCUUCAUCAUCUGUUCCCCAUUGCUAAACUAGUUCCUGUUGUAUGUUCUCCCUAGGAUCCACACUUCCUCAGCUUCAGUAUGAAUCCUUGUUGUGUGCAUACAGUUAUCAGUCUAGUUAGGCAGCUGUGGACAGCAGAAGUGAGGCCCAGGGAGGAAUAGCGAGGCACUCACCAGGUCAUUUCAGCAGGAGUAACUGUCCUACCCAGACCCAGAGAUAUUGAAGGAGAUGAUAAUUCUCCUACACCCCACUGCCUUAGAACAGAAUGAAGAAAACCACCUUCCUUUAGCCUGCACCUAGCCAUUCCUGGGCUAGACAGACAGGCCAUCAGCACCCCGCUAAGUCAGAAGUGAUGCCAUGGGAAACAUGAACCAGCCCAAGAGGAAGAUAAGCAGGAUGUUAACAGACUGUGCUGGGCUAUAUCUGUGUCAACCCCAGCUACAGGACAGAUCAGAAGAUGAAACUUGAGUCACAUAGAUGGCCAUUUCAUCUCAAAGCCCUGACCUGCUUUCCCCACCAUCCUACUAGUCAGAACUCCUUCUCAGCUGAUGAUGCCAGCUCCAAAUCACAGCCCAAUAAAACAGGAAAAAGACAAAGUGAAUCCAACUAGAGGAGACCAGGUGAGAUACAUCAUUGUUCCUAUAUUCCCGUGCAAGGGUUCCAAUUUGAAGAUUCUCUGUGUAUAUACAACUGAAAGUGAUAAAAAUAUAUGGCAUUGGCAGCACCUAGCAAGGAUCUGCUUUUGAUGUCAUAUACAGUCUGAGCAGCAGGGAGAGAAGUACAUGGCAAAAAGUGGAGGGGACUGCUAAACUCAUGUCCUCUGACAUAUAUUUCAGAGUUACAGAUAUGACCCUCAGAAGCACAGCAGAGAGGUCUAAGCCAUAUUCAUGAACAGGAGAAGACUUUCUACUGGUUUAUGGCUAACUAGAGGUAGACUUUUACAGACCACUGGCUGUGCAACUGUCUUAGAGACCAAGUCCAUCUCUUGCAUGCCUCCUGCCCACCCUCAGAAAAGAUGGGAAAGGUCAUCAGAGUGGCCACAUUCACUUCCACAUUCACUCAUAAAUUUUAGGUCCCCAAGAGGUAGAGUCAGCACCUACAGUGGUAAGACCCCACACCCAGCAUCCUAGCUGAGAGCUUGGGGAUGAUCCAUUGGGGCUGAUAUAAGGGAUGUGAGAAAACUCAGGAUGAGUCUAUAAGAAAGACCCUUUGGGGCUGGAUCACCAAGGAACAUCCUUCAGAGCUGCUCUAAGUGAUGGGAUUUAGACUCUGACCCUUGAUUGGAAUGUUCAGAAAAUAAGGGUCCAGGGGCAGUAGAGCAUUGGGCAGGAAGGUACUGAUAUGAAAUCCUGGAGCUCAGGGUAAUUCAUAUAAUUCAUGGUUCCUUAGUGAGUGGAAUUCUUAGAUUUGGGGGAGGAAGGGGAAUGUGAAAUAACCUGCCAAUGGUGCACUAAUGAGUCCCCGUAAGCAUACUUCAGUGCUCUUGGGCUUGUGAAUACAAAUCCAUAGACCUCCUAUAGGAUGAUCUGACAAGCUCUCAGUGCUCACCAUACCCCUAUCCCUCCCAUGGAAGAUCAGUGAUGGAAGAUAUUCCUUGGAUCAAAGCCCCAGAGCAGUCUGGAGGCUCAGAGGGCCAAGCAGUAUCCUCCCAGGUCAAAUCAGACUUCCAAAGGAUCAGACAUAAUGUUAGUGCCCAUGUGCCUAUAUAUCAUUGGACAAAAUUCAAGCAUGGUUUGCUAGUCCCAGGUCACUACUUUGAGUGGAACUAGGAUCAAUGCAUGAAGUUUGAUGAUUUUAAGGAAGAACUGGCUGUGUGCCAGAGAGUAUGAGCUGCCCAUCUCAGCAGUGGUCCAACAGAGGCCAGACUUUAAAGCGAAGAAAGAGCAUUGAGGAGAUGACCUUUCACUCCCUUCCACCCUAGAUGGGUGAUAUGUUAUGGAGCUUGGACUGUAUUUGAACCCCUUUAUUCCUACAAAGCACAAAGCCAAGGCUGUGCUUGGUUUGUGCCGGUUGAAGUCCCCUACUCUCCUGCCCAAGUCUUCCCACCAUGCAGGCCGAGAUGCUGCUCUGGCCCCAUAUUCAGGACUUAUCCUGGCUGGUUAUCACAAGAAAGUCCAGAAAGAACAGUUGCUUUGCCAUAGACCCAAUGCCUACCAAGAUCUGUGAUGAGACCAACCAUAGUUCAGGCCCACUGGCCAACAAGGCCAUCAGUGACAGCCAGAACUAGCAAAGGUCCAAGCAGGACCCAGAGCAGGGCUUUGCUUUGCACACACAUUAUCUCCAGAGGCUACUUCUACCCCCCUUCCUACUUGAGGCCUGUUGAAGCAGACUGCAAAAGCAAAAGCACAGUGACUCAGUCGGCACAUAAUUAUAGUCAUCCCCAGGGCAUCCGUGUCAUUGCCAGGUGGAUCCUGGUCUAGCCCAGGUUAAUUUACGCUAACCCAUUUUGGCAGUCAGACUCAAAAGCACUUUUCUACCUUCUGUUUUCACCCUACAUCAACUGGCCAACAAAAGGCAAAGAAAGAGUCAGGGCUUCUACCCUUGUCUUGGCUCCCGGACACCAUCAUCGCCCCCUAAGGGCCAUCAUGGGGUUCCCACUCGACUCUAGGAAGACUGACAUCAUCACAUCCACUGGGCAUAUGAUAUUGCAUGAGACCAAAGUCUCCACACUGUUUGCAGCCUUCUCCGUGAAUCCCAAUGGCCUGCACUUGUACAGUUUGGGUGUUUGAUAGAUAAAGCACGUAUGAGAAGAGAAAACAAAAUAAAUCAACUUUUCCAAAAGCCAGCACUGUGCUGUCAAUGUUCUUUUUUUUUUUUUCCUUUCCAAUUCUAGCUUAAAAAAAGCAGAAGGUAAAUAAUGUCAGGUCAAUGAAUAUCAGAUAUAUUUUUUGACUGUACAUUACAGUGAAGUGUAAUCUUUUUACACCUGCAAGUCCAUCUUAUUUAUUCUUGUAAAUGUUCCCUGACAAUGUUUGUAAUAUGGCUGUGUUGAAAAUCUAUACAAUAAAGCUGUGACCCUGAGAUUCAUGUUUUCCUAA